AUGGCUGUCGAACGCCUCACCUUUGACCCCGAGGGCGACCUCGUGCUCCGACUCACAUACCCAUCAGAUGCGGAACAGACGAAAAUCGCAGGCAUUGCGAAGCCGCCGGAGCAGGUCGACAUGCUCGUCUCGUCUAAACAUCUGAGGCUGGCGUCUCCAGUCUUCAAAGCCAUGUUGCAAGGCAGCUUCCGCGAAGGUCAAGCUUUACAGUCUACAGGCAAAGCUGAGGUUCCGCUUCCUGAUGACGACCCCGCAGCCUUCAAGAUAUUGCUCGAUAUUGUGCAUGGCUUUCCCAGCAAGGUCCCUAGGAGCGUGGAUCUUUCCACUCUCGCAAACCUGUCGAUCCUGGUUGACAAGUAUCGGAUGCUAGAGGUAGUAUCUGUUUACGUCAAAAGCUUUUGGGUCCCAAAUUUACGUUCAGCAUCUCCGCCAAGCUCAGGAAACAUGUUUCCCUGGCUAAGCAUUGCUUGGGUCUUCCAAUUGAGCGCCGAGUUCACUGAAAUCACUAGAAUGCUAGCACAAGAAGAUAGUUGCGGGCCAAUACCACACUUGGAUCAAAGGUUUCCAAUCCCGGACAAGGUCAUCGCAAAGAUUGAUCACCAAAGAACGCAAGCGAUUGCACCCAUAUUCAGAGUAAUAGAUGACAUUAUCAGAGUGUUGUCCUCUCCUGAUCCAUAUCCCCCACUGAUUACUCAACACCCCUUUUCCCAGCAGCUAUCGGCAAACAUCUGCAAUGGGUCUUCGCACUGGAGACACCCCAUCAAAAACCUGAACAGUAGAUCUACUUGUGACGCAUUGAUGCUGGGAACAGUUCUGAGAGAUGCCACGAAAUUGGGCCUCCACCCCACGCCCGCGCCGCCCUACAACGGCUUGACCGUCAAGGAUGUCGUGGAAAAAGCCAAAGGUCUUGAUAUUGUGUCCCUGUGUGAUAUCCGACAAGACCAAACAUUUUAUGGAGGGCCCUCAGAUUACGCCCAUGGUCAGAUGAAGCGCAUUGCCACUGCAAUCAAAGCCGCAGAGGCAGCAGUAACCGGUCUCUCUCUCAGUCUCAUAGAUCACCCUCUUGAUCUCCCUACAUCUGGCCCUACAUAG